UUCACGCUAUACGGUAGCGUUCGCUAUCCACAUGGUCGCUCGUGUUGUUGGCUUGUUGGUUAUUCCAUCGUAACUGAUAUAAUAUUUAAAGAGUAAACCCAGCACAUAAAACACGUGUAAAUGGGAAAGACGAAGAACACCAAAUUCAAACGUCCGCAGUUUUCACCUGAUGGCAUUGCGGUAAAUUCAGCUAAUCAGUCUGUUGACGAAAUAGAAGAUGAUGAAGACUCUCCUGCCGCGGAGUUUCUCGAUAAAUUGGAGAGUCCGUCAGCAGAUCUGCGCGAGUAUGCCUGCGCGAGUAUCUCUCGUGUUGUACAGCAGAGUCAGAUCAUCCCAGGAUUCCUGCAGAGAGAUGCUGUUAUAAAGAUCGGACCCUUACUGCUGGAUCACAGUCUGGCCGUCAGAGAAACAGCUGCUGGGGCACUCAGGAAUCUGAGCGCAUGCGGAGGCCCUGAAGUGUGUGAAAACAUGGUCAGACAGGACGUGCUGACGCCUCUCAUUGCCCUCAUGAGGGAGUGCUGUGCUGGGUUUGACGUGAACCCUUCUCCUGCUAAGAGAGGACAGAAGCACACGGUGGAGCAUGUUGCCAAUGAGGCUGUGAAUUUACUUUGGAACCUCUGUGAGAACAGUAGCACAGCAGUGUCCGUGUUUAACAAAGCUGGACUUGUAGAUGCUCUUCUACAUUGUCUGGAAAUGCAUCAUCAGAAUAUGGAGCUGGCUCUGUCAGCAGCUCACUGCUUGCACACUGUGUCAGAAGAAAACUCAGACCUUGUGUGUGGUGUGAACUCAGCAAUGUUUGGUGUCUUGGACAGAAUUUUGUCCUCCAAACAAAUCAGUAUGGAACACACUCUACUGCGCACACUUGCUGCAGGCUCUUUAUGGAAUCUGAAGAACAGUCUGUCUUCAGCACAGCAGUCUCAAACAGUCAGCGCACUGGUGGCCACUCUCUCACACAGCCUCAGUUUGGACGCUGGAGAGCUGAUCCCAGAUCUGUGGCGUGCUGAAUCUGCCCGUCUGUCUAAAGACAGCACUUCUGCCACAGAGUCAAAUCACACAGACGAACAGGCUGCAGGGCACAUGGCCGAAGCAGAGAUGAUGGAGGAGGAUGGGAAGAUUAAUGGAGGAAAGGCAAAUGGCAGGAAAGCCAAGAAAAAUAAUGAUAUCUCAGAUUUGUUGCCUAGAGACAGACUGGAGUUACAGGAGGCCAAUGCACUUCUGUCAGCACAGCAGACGUCCCUGGAAAUCAUUGUCAACAUGUGCUGCUCUGAUGAGCCGUCAGAUGAUGAGUGGGAAGAGAUGUCCAGCAGUGAUGAGAGCGAGAUGUGUGCCGAUGGAAUGACAGAUACUAACUCCUCCCUCUUCUCUCCUCUCUGCCUGUCGGCCGAACUACACACAACCCUGCUCAACCACAGCAUACCUCAACAGGUUUUAAAGAAGGCAGAGUUCCCAAGCCCCGCUGCCCUUGAGAUCUGUAGCAAGCACCAUUCAUGGAAAUGCCUCUUGAAAAAGAUGCACCGGGUGCAAUGUCGGGCUCUGACAUGUCUCCAUAAUAUUCUUGCCUCUAUGGACACAGAUUCUCUUGGUGGUGCUUCAGGGCUCCAGGCUGUCACUCAGCACCUCUCCUCAUUGGUCUUCAGCUCAUCAGAGGCAUUAAAGGAUGAGGAGUUCCUGGAGGCUGUGACCAGUGCUUUGCGCUCUCUGCUACAAAUCAUGGCUUCCAAAAACAUGCCUCAGUGUAUGACUCCUCACCAGCUAAUGAGUUUUUGUGAGGCGGCUAGCAGGUGUGAGCUGGUCAGUGUGAGAGUUAAUGCUCUGGCCGUUCUCGGCAUCACAGGAAGCUCUCUUGCCAAAGAGAAAGACACUGCGGACACUCUACAGCUGAUUGGAAAUGCAUUAUUAAAUGUGGCAACAAAGGACCCUAACCUGGUGGUGUGUGGAGAGGCGCUGGACGCCCUCUUUGAUGUGUUUGCCGAUGGAGAUGAAGCAGAGAAAGCUGGAAAACAUAUAAACCUGCUCUCAUCUCUCAAAGCCCUUCAGCCGGGAUUCAGGGCCAAGCUGCGAAAGGAAGGAAGAGGAAAAUACAGCCCUGAUCAGCUUUGUGUUCUGGACAACAUAAGGAUCAACCUCAAGCGAUUCAUCGGCUACCUAGAGAACCUUAAAAAAUGAACAGUACAUAUUCUCAGUUAACGGCGAACCUUAUUGUUAUUUAGCUUUUUAUGUCUUAAAAUUUUAUUGUUGAGUGUUUGUGUGAAAAGCAAAGAAAUUUAAGUUUGAUUAAAUUAAUUUGCCGUUAAUGUUUGUAAAAAAACAUAUUGGUUCUUUAAUUAAACCAUAAAUUA